AAAUUUGACGAAGGUGGAAAAAUACCAAACCUUUCUUUUGGUCCCACCAUCUCGAUUCUCACCGACCCACUUCUUAAAGCACCCACAGAUCGAAUGUUAACCUUGUCAUGCGCCCAUUGUUUGAAAUUAUUCAAUCGGUUUAAGAUCAAAACGGCGGCGUAUCAUCUUCCCCACCGAUAUUUCCCAUUUCUUUCUCAAAUCGCUCACUAAAGAGUCACAAUGUGAAACGUUUAUUGUUGUCGGCCAAACUCCGAUUCAAUCUCCCGCCUACUUUUUCUGCGACACCGAGUGCUCUCCGAUGUCUUCCUUACGAUCUUCUUCCAUAAGACGAUCCACACCGUCAAUCAACCAACUCGCUUCGAUCCAACUGGUCCAGUUCCGCCAUUUUCACGCACCACUUCCAUCUUCACUGCCUCCGUUGACCGCCUCAAGCUUGGGUCCGAAUAGGCCUCAAAGCCCUGCUUCCGGCUCUUUCCUCAAAUGGAUUUCCGGAAUCACAGUCGGGUCGGGUCUAGGGCUUCUUUACUGGUCCUAUUCUUCUUCAAAAUCCGAUUUCAAUUCCGGUUUCUUCAACAAGUCAUUGCUCUCUUUCGCUGACUCGUCAACACCGACCGGCGAAGCCACGGUGGUGGACGUCUGGCGUUCCAAUUCAUUGUUUCGUAAAUUGUCUCUUCCAGACAGUGGCCCUAAGUUUCUGUUCGGAGAUGAAUACAGGAGAAAGAUUUUCUUCAACUACGAGAAGCGCAUAAGGUUGCGAAGUCCUCCAGAGAAGGUGUUUGAGUACUUUGCAUCCUUUCGUACACCUGAAGGAGAACUACUUAUGAAACCAGCAGACCUUAUGCGGGCAGUUGUUCCUGUUUUUCCACCAUCCGAAUCCCACCUUGUUAGAGAUGGAUAUCUGAUAGGGGAAAGGAGUCCCGGAGAGUUACGUUGUGCUCCUUCAGAAUUUUUUAUGCUAUUUGAUGUAAACAAAGAUGGACAUAUAUCUUUUAAAGAGUAUAUCUUUUUUGUAACCCUACUCAGUAUCCCAGAAUCAAGCUUUCAUGUGGCAUUCAAAAUGUUUGACAUUGACAAUAGCGGGGAAAUAGAUAAGGAAGAAUUCAAGAAAGUAAUGGCUUUGAUGCGAGCCCAUAACAGACAGGGGUUGCAACAUAGGGACGGACUUCGAUUUGGGAUGAAAGUCAAUGGUUCUGUUGAUAAUGGAGGCCUUGUGGAGUACUUCUUUGGUGAAGAUGGAAACAGAACCCUUCAGCAUGAUAAGUUUUUCAAGUUUUUGAAAGAUUUGCAAGAAGAAAUACUGAAUUUGGAGUUUGCCCAUUAUGACUACAAAUUACGGGGAACCAUAUCAGCUAAGGACUUUGCAUUAUCCAUGGUUGCUUCUGCUGAUAUGAGUCAUUUAAAUAGGUUGCUUGAUCGUGUUGAUGAACUAAACAAUGAGCGACACCUUAGAGACAUGCGCAUUACAUUAGAGGAAUUCAAAAGUUUUGCAGAGCUACGCAAAAAAUUACAUCCGUUUUCUUUGGCUUUAUUCAGCUAUGGAAAAGUAAAUGGUCUAUUAACAAGAGAGGAUUUUCAGAGAGCUGCUUCCAAUGUUUGUGGUGUAAAUCUUACCAGCAAGGUGGUCGAAAUUGUCUUCCACGUGUUUGAUACAAAUUGUGAUGGAAAUUUAACCUUACACGAAUUCAUUCGAGUUCUACACAGGAGGGAAAGGGACAUAGCUCAACCUAUUGAGUCAGGACUGAUUGGGUUUUUAUAUCACUGCUUGGACUCUAUGAAGAAUCGCUCGUUUGCACGGUUUCUUCCAUUAAAUGAAUUCCCUGAAAUUUAAAUACUUCUGGAUUCUGGCAACUGAGGAGAUUCAACCUGUUAUAGCAUGAAAUAGGCAAGCUAGUUUUAGGGUAUUUAUAAUGGGAAUUAUUAGUUCUAAAGUAUGUACAGGUGAAAAAUUCCUUAAGCUUGUCUCCCUCAUUUUGAAGUGAAAUCUCCUGAGAGGUUCACCUUUUGUAUGUAAUUGGUGCUGAGCACGUGUAAAUUAUGUAAUCUCCCUCUGAAUCUGAACAAUCAAAAAUGAAAUUUUGCAGUCAAUUUUUGCCAUUGCUA